AUGACCUUGGAGGGACAUGGACCAUGGAAACAUUCCUUGCGGGAUCCUGAGGAGUACAAACAUAUUUCGUGCAUUUCCUAUUUUUCCGACGGUAAGCAAAUGAUCAGCGGAUCAGGCGAUAAGACCAUCCGGCAAUGGGACCUGCGGGAGGGUAAGGAGAUUGAGGAGGCUCGGGAGGUUAGUGAGCAUGGUAUAGUAGCAGUGAGGAUAUCGAGGGAUGGUCGAUGGGUUGUCUCUGCCAGUGAUGAGGAACUCAAAGUCAGUGAGGUUCAGACGGGGAUCGUGAGAACAUUUCACACUGGGGGUAUCACCUGCAUCGACAUCUCGGCGGACAGCACAUUGCUAGCGAGUGGGUCAUACAAUGGGACAGCGCGGAUAUGGAGCUUGGAUACAGGCAAACUUGUGUCUGGUCCAUUCAAGUUUAGCGAUGAUAUUCCUGGCUUAAGAGAACUUGGACUCUCAGGAGACUCUCGGAAGCUGGCGAUAGUUCAGAUAUCAGAUCGAGCACACUUCCACUGCCUCCAGGUGUGGGAUGUUCAAGCACAGAAGUUGGUUGUACAAAAGUCUAUCCCUAGCAUUUCGGAGUCGACGUACCCGGUUUUAUGGACAACAAAACACAAAACCAUUGUAACCAUAUUCCAGGACGACCUCACUACAAUCCACGAGUUUGACGCAUCGACACUUAAAACUGUCGGGGCUCCUUUCCAACACAUUUAUCGCAUCAUUAGUCUAGCACUCUCAUCUGAUUGUGUUCUUCUCGCCAGUUCUUCCUACGACAAUACCAUCAAGCUAUGGACCUUCGAAUCCCGCCAGCUCCUCGCUUCAUUCGACGUUGAAUCCCCCAGGACCCUCGUCCUCUCGCCCGAUUCCUGCCAACUGGCUUACUCGACCUUCCGUGACACCAAGAUCUACAUAUGUAACAUUCCAGCAAAUAUUCUUGCUACCAUUGAGCUUGCAGAAGAACCGCAACCUAAUACCAGUAGAUCUGAACGUCCAUCUUAUUCUUGUUUGCUCGACUUCGAUGCAACACGUCGUCCCGUGCGCCGUAAAUCAGUGAUAGUGCCUGUCAUGUCCCCCAUCCCUCGACCUUUACCUACCAGGGAUCCACAUAUUCAUCUCCGCUUUUUACGCAAGCUCUUUUCUUCCUCUUUUCGCACGGAUGCGGUUCGCGCUGAUCAGCCUCGUAAUCCCUUAGACUUCCCUGCUACAUCCCCUUUACCUCAUCCACUUAGGAUGACACCAGACAAAAACUCUCGUUCCAUACCAGCACCACCCACCAUCCAAUCCUCUGCCAUCAGCACUUCCCCAACCCUCUCAUCCCGCUUACAUCGACUAUCAACUUGGUGGCCCCUUCACACAGGUCCUGUGUCGCCGACUAUCGUCGAUGUCCCUCUCGCGCCGGGUAGACUGCGGUACGCCGCAGCGGGUGCUCCAAGGGAUGAUGAUAGCCUGAUACGUGACGAGGAUUAUGUUUCUCCUCCUCCUUCCCCCAAUCCCGGACAGCAUGGUCGGUUUUGUUUCUGCUUCUAAGCAAAUUCGAUCGUGUAUCUCGUUACUGUAAUCGUUGCUCGUUGUACAUAUGCGUUGUCCUCCCUACAUUUAUGUCAAAUUCAUCGUGAUUACUCCCCCU